AGUGAGUCAGUAGCCUCAUGCUGGGAGAUGGUGGACCAUCUAACAGGGGCAUAGGCAAUGGAGCAGGGCCGAAUGCCAAACAGGAUUCAGAAGAAGGGCCCGCUUUUUUCUGGUAAUCCAGCCAGGGACCCCUAAGUGCGCCAGACCAGCAGGCCCAGCAGAGGUCUUCCUGUCCCUCCCCCGGCACCUGGCAGGGCUGCAGCACCUCCGCCUGACGAGCCCAGAGGACUGGAAAGAAGUGGUUCUGCCUGGGGCAGUUGUGUCCUGGUCCAGCUGCCCCAGCCCCUGCCCCAUGGCUGCCUGCCUUUCUUCCCGCGUCACAGGUGGGCUGGCCAGGUGAGAGCCGCUGGCAGGUGAGCUUGGCUGUGCAGGAGAAGCCCGCUCUGGGAGCAUCGCCUGUGGGGAGCCUCCCAGACGUGGUGCCGGAGGGGACGCUGUUCAACAUGGUGCUGAGGAGGAUGUACCGACCCAGAAGCUGUUCCUACCAGCUGCUCCUGGAGCAUCAGCGCCCCAGCCGCAUCCAGGGGCUUCGCUGGACGCCGCUCACUGACAGCGAGGAGUCCCUGGACUUCAGCAUGAGCCUGGAGCAGGCCUCCGCAGAGCGGGUGCUCAGGGCCGGGAAGCAGCUGCACAGGCACCUCCUGGCCACCUGCCCAAACCUCAUCCGAGACCGGAAGUACCACCUCAGGCUCUACCGGCAGUGCUGCUCUGGCCGGGAGCUGGUGGACGGGAUCCUGGCCCUGGGGCUUGGGGUGCAUUCGCGGAGCCAAGCCGUGGGCAUCUGUCAGGUGUUGCUGGAUGAAGGUGCCCUCUGCCAUGUGAAACACGACUGGACCUUCCAGGACCGGGAUGCUCAGUUCUACCGUUUUCCUGGGCCGGUACCGGAACCUGCAGGGCCCCAUGAGAUGGAGGAUGAGCUGGUGGAGGCUGUGGCUCUGCUCUCCCAACGGGGGCCUGAUGCCCUGCUCACAGUGGCCCUUCGAAAGUCCCCAGGUCAGCGCACAGACGAGGAGCUGGACCUCAUCUUUGAGGAGCUGCUGCACAUCAAGGCUGUGGCCCAUCUCUCCAACUCGGUGAAGCGGGAGUUAGCGGCAGUUCUGCUCUUUGAACCACACAGCAAGGCAGGGACUGUGUUGUUCAGUCAGGGUGACAAGGGCACCUCAUGGUACAUUAUCUGGAAGGGAUCUGUCAACGUGGUGACACAUGGCAAGGGGCUGGUGACUACUUUACACGAGGGAGACGACUUUGGACAGCUGGCGCUGGUAAACGACGCACCGCGGGCAGCCACCAUCAUCCUGCGGGAGGACAACUGCCAUUUCCUCCGGGUGGACAAGCAAGACUUCAACCGUAUCAUCAAGGAUGUGGAAGCUAAGACCAUGAGGCUGGAAGAGCACGGCAAAGUGGUGCUGGUGCUGGAGAGAGCCUCGCAGGGUGCAGCCGCUUCUCACCCAGCAACGCCGGGCAGGAACCGGUAUACAGUAAUGUCUGGCACCCCAGAGAAGAUCCUAGAACUGCUGCUGGAAGCCAUGCGGCCUGAUUCUGGGGCACAUGACCCAACAGAAAUGUUCCUCAGUGACUUCCUCCUGACCCACAGUGUCUUCAUGCCCAGCACCCAGCUCUGCGCUGCCCUCCUGCACCACUUCCAUGCGGAGCCUGCGGGAGGCAGUGAGCAAGAGCGCAGCACCUACAUCUGCAACAAGAGGCAGCAGAUCCUGCGGCUGGUCAGCCAGUGGGUGGCCCUGUAUGGCCCCAUGCUCCGCACUGACCCUGUGGCCACCAGCUUUCUCCAGAAGCUCUCUGACCUGGUGAGCAGGGACGCCCGGCUUAGCAACCUGCUGAGGGAGCAGUGGCCAGAGAGGCGGCGCCACCACAGGUUGGAAAAUGGCUGUGGGAAUGCGUCUCCUCAGAUGAAGGCUCGGAAUGUGCCUGCUUGGCUCCCCAGCCAGGAUGAGCUCCUCCCCAGCAGCAACUGUGCCAUUCGAGUGGGGGACAAAGUCCCCUAUGACAUCUGCCGGCCAGACCACUCAGUCCUGACUCUGCAUCUUCCUGUGACGGCCUCGGUGAGAGAGGUGAUGGCAGCCUUAGCACAGGAAGACAGCUGGACCAAGGGGCAGGUGCUGGUGAAGGUCAACUCUGCAGGUGAUGCCAUUGGCCUGCAGCCAGAUGCUCGUGGAGUGGCCACCUCCCUGGGGCUCAAUGAGCGCCUUUUUGUUGUCAACCCACAGGAAAUGCAUAAGCUGACCCCACACCCCGAGCAGCUGGGGCCCACUGUGGGCUCUGCAGAGGGGCUGGACCUGGUGAGUGUCAAAGAGCUGGCGGGCCAGCUAACGGACCACGACUGGAGCCUCUUCAACAGCAUCCACCAGGUGGAGCUGAUCCACUACGUGCUGGGCCCCCAGCACCUGCGGACCGUCACCACUGCCAACCUGGAGCGCUUCAUGCGGCGCUUCAACGAGCUGCAGUACUGGGUAGCCACGGAGCUGUGUCUCUGUCCGGUGCCUGGCCUGCGGGCCCAGCUGCUCAGGAAGUUCAUCAAGCUGGCUGCCCACCUCAAAGAACAAAAGAAUCUCAAUUCCUUCUUUGCAAUCAUGUUCGGCCUCAGCAACUCGGCCAUCAGCCGCCUGGCCCACACCUGGGAGAGGCUGCCCCACAAGGUCCGGAAGCUGUACUCAGCCCUGGAGAGGCUGUUGGACCCCUCAUGGAACCACCGAGUGUAUCGACUAGCCCUCACCAAGCUGUCCCCUCCUGUCAUUCCUUUCAUGCCCCUCCUUCUCAAAGACAUGACCUUCAUCCAUGAGGGGAACCACACACUGGUAGAGAAUCUCAUCAAUUUUGAGAAAAUGCGAAUGAUGGCGAGGGCCGUGCGGAUGCUGCAUCGCUGCCGGAGCCACAGCAAUGUGCCUCUCUCACCACUCAGAAGCCGCGUGUCCCACCUCCACGAUGAUGGCCAGGCUGCGAGGAUCUCCACGUGCUCGGAGCAGUCCCUGAGCACCCGGAGUCCAGCCAGCACCUGGGCUUAUGUCCAGCAGCUGAAGGUCAUUGACAACCAACGGGAACUCUCUCGCCUCUCCCGGGAGCUGGAGCCAUGAGGGGCUGGGCUGGAGCAGGCGCUUCCCUCCAGGAAAGCCAGAGCAGGCCCAGGCCAAGGGGCCACAGGCUGGUCACAGCUGGACAGGGCUCUCCGAAGAGUGGACUCGAGGCCCUGGAGCGGGCAGCAUGGUGGCAGCUGUCCCCUGUGAUGACUGAUGGCCGAGGAGGACCGUAGAAUGGAACCGAGCUGGGGCUCAAGGCCAAGGAAUGGGGGGCAAUGAGGAGCUGGAGUGGGUGGGAGAGCAGAGCAGGCUCUGGGACUCUUCAAUAGAGAGCUCUCUACACCA